UGACGCAAGUGUACGUUGAUUUUCGAUUUUUGUUUGUUGCAUUAUUUAAAAUGAAAUAUGUUAUCAUUAUUGCUUACCUUUCUUGUAGUGUUAAUUUAGUGUAGUGUAGAGUGCUAAGACCAAUUAUUAUUACGAACAUGGCGUGGAAAUGGUUUAUUUAGUAGUUCCGUGAUUGUAUAUUAGAACAUAACCUAAAACAUGGGAUUGGAUUUUGAUAUUUUGGAGCAUUGCAAGAAAGUGCGAGCAGAGCAUGGACCGCCCUAUGCAUGUCCAAUACAAAAAUGUGGGAGGACAUAUAAAUCAGUGUGUGGUCUGCAGUAUCACCUGAAAAGUUAUGAUCAUGAUAAUCCUACCCCUGAAACACCAAAACCUGUUACUCCAAAGAACAAGAAAGGGAGAUCAAGGGUUGCAAAGGCUCCACCUCCACAACCAGUAUUUACUGCACCAGAACCACUAACCUAUGAGGAAGCUCAAAAGAUGGUUCAAUUUGAAUUAGGUGGUCAUGUGGUCAGGUUGAAUAUCAAUGAAGAUAUGGAGGUAGUUACCAAUGAUGAAUUACCAGAUGAUGAUAGUGGAAUUGAUGCAAAAUCUGAAGAUAUUAAAGAAGCUCAUGUGCCAUUACCAGAAGCAAGUUACAAAGAAAUGGAGAAUUACAACAUAUGUGAUGCUCCCGCCAGGCCCAAUGCCUAUAUUAGGUUCAUUGAAAAAAGUGCUGAGGAGUUGGAUGGUGAAGUUGAAUAUGAUGUAGAUGAGGAAGAUACAGCUUGGUUACAAUUAAUGAAUAAAAAACGUGAGGAUAUUGGUUUAAGUCCUGUUUCUGUGGAUUCUUUGGAAUUACUUAUGGAUAGAUUGGAGAAGGAAUCUUACUUUCAAGCUUCAGUCAAUGGACAUACUGGAAGUGUAGUUGAUGAUGAUGCUGUAUGUUGCAUUUGCAUGGAUGGAGAAUGCCAAAACACCAAUGUAAUUUUAUUCUGUGACAUGUGCAAUUUGGCAGUGCAUCAAGAUUGUUAUGGUGUACCUUACAUACCUGAAGGCCAAUGGCUCUGCCGACGAUGUUUACAGUCACCAAGUAGAGCGGUUGAUUGCGUUUUAUGUCCAAAUCAAGGUGGAGCAUUCAAACAAACGGACAGGAGUGAAUGGGCUCACGUUGUUUGCGCCUUAUGGAUUCCUGAAGUUCGAUUUGCUAAUACCGUCUUCUUAGAACCUAUCGAUUCUAUUGAAACUAUUCCAUCAGCGCGUUGGAAGCUAUCGUGUUAUGUCUGCAAACAGAAAGGAGUUGGUGCUUGCAUUCAAUGCCAUAAAACCAAUUGUUAUUCUGCGUUUCACGUGACAUGUGCCCAGCAGGCUGGACUUUACAUGAAGAUGGAUACAGUAAAAGACAGUGGUGGUGAUUCGCAGCCGGUCUUGGUGCAAAAAAUUGCAUACUGUGAUAUUCAUGCCCCACCUGAAUUUAAUGAUGCUAAAAAGGACGAUGCCAAAACCAAAAUGAAGCAGGCUAGAAAAAUGUUAGCCAAGAAACGAGGAACUGUACCUGUCAUUCUGAUUCCCACAAUACCACCAGAAAGAAUCCAAGAGAUUGGAUCGCUCGUAACUAUACAGAAAAAAUCUCAAUUCAUUCAGCGCCUAAUUGCAUACUGGACAUUGAAAAGGCAAUUCAGGAACGGCGUGCCUUUGUUGCGCAGACUUCAGAGUGCACAAGGUGGCACCAGGGAUUCCAAUACAACAAACGUAGAUACUUUGGAACUUUGCAGACAACUUAAGUACUGGCAGUGCUUACGUCAAGAUUUGGAAAGGGCGAGGCUAUUAUGUGAGCUAGUUAGGAAACGCGAGAAAUUAAAAUUAGAAUUGCUGAAAGCAACGGAGAAGACGCUUAAUGUCCAGCUGCGACCUUUAGAAGCGAGUCUGAGAAAGAUAUUGGAAUUGAUCAGUGCAAAGGACACUAACGAGAUUUUUAGCGAGCCUGUAGAUUUGGAGGAGGUUCCUGAUUAUACAACUGUUGUCACGGAUCCAAUGGAUCUCAGCACCAUGCGUUUGAAAUUGGAAAAUUCCGAAUACGAAAGUUUAACGGUGAUGGAAAAAGAUUUUGAUCUGAUGAUCGCUAAUUGUUUAGCUUACAAUAAUAAAGACACAGUAUUUUAUAAAGCGGGAAUUAAGAUGCGCGAACAGUGCGGGGCGAUCUUUAAACAAGGUAAGAAAGAUCUUGAAGCUGCCGGUCUGUUGUCUAUUCCACCACCACCAGAACCAGUAGUGGUAGAGAAGGUUGAGGAAGUAGUUGAAGUUAAACCGGUUGUAGCUGAAAUAAAAGAAGUUACUUCCGUGGAAAUUGAUAAGGCGUUUGAAGCUCUUAAAGGUAAAAAAGGUGCUGAGAUUCUUGUCAAAUUGGAGGAUCUGAUGGCAAAGAGUCACACUCUUAGGCACGGUAUGCAAAGAGCUAAACGAGUGAAGAUGAUAAGGUCGGAAAUGAUGAGAAUUCGCAGGGCUUUAGCACAAGCUACUGAUAGCUCACAAUCCGAUGGUGAAACCGAAGUUGCGGAAUCCAAAACGCCCUCGCAAGGUAGCAGCGCUGGUGCAUCUCCUACCGGUGUCAAUAGAAGAACUGCUGUUCUGUUUACUAGAAAAGCCCAAGCGGCUUUAAAGAAACCAGCGGACGAAAAAGAAAUCGGUACCGAAGAUGUACCAUCACCUGUUAAAGCUGCUCCAGCGCCUGCCAAGACAAAGAAAAAAGGCAGACCCAAACGAGUAGUCGAUACAUCAAGCACAACCAAUACAACGGCAAGUGCAACAACCUCAACAAUACUAUCAUCUGUUAGUUUAACAAAAUCUGAAGAAAAUGUAAAGAAUAGCAAAAAUAACAUGCCAGAUUCAUUUCGCGUUUACAGAGCUCGUCAGCAAAGUUCUGGGGAUGAGAACAGUGAUAGCGGCACAAGCCUCUCCACUUGCUACUCCCGAGAAUUAUCAGAGAUUGAAUCGGACGAUGACUCCGAUACAUGCCACAGUAUUGAGGAGGCUGCUGCUCCAGAUGACGAUGAGGAGGAAGGUAGCGAUGCGGAACACGGGGACAACAGUACAUCCAUUAAAGGAAAACUCAAGCCUCUCCAGUUGGUCUGGGCUAAAUGCAGAGGCUAUCCUUGGUAUCCCGCAUUGAUUAUUGACCCCGAAAUGCCGAAAGGCUAUGUAUAUCAAGGUGUUCCGAUUCCAUCGCCACCCAAGGACGUACUUGCUCUGUCCACAAACUACAAUGAGCAUGUCUACCUGGUGCUAUUCUUCGAUGCAAAGCGAACCUGGCAGUGGUUGCCGGCGGAAAAGUUGGAAUUACUUGGUAUCGACGAGGAACGAGACGAAUCAAAAGUAAACGAACCGAGGAAGCCAACGGACAAGAAGGCUGUCAGAAGAGCUUAUCAGAAUGCACUUAACCAUCAAUCAAUAGUGAAAGAGAAGGAAUCAUAAAAUGUAUUUUUAUUUUUUUUUACUUGUUUCAAACAAAAAUUUAAAGGAUAUGCGUUACGUUUAUUGAAGAGAAUAUUUGAAAAAUAUUUAUUAUUUUUA